CAAACUUAAAAUAUUUCCAGAUAAAACGCAUCGUUUAGGAAGCUCUUAAACCCCAUGAAAUUGUAUUUUUUACUUAAAACCCUUAUUAUUACACAUUUUCCUCUACUUUCCGACACAGUAGCCAUGUACAGAUCAAAAGCAGUCAUGUCUUCUCUUCGAAACGCUUACUCUAAGUUUUCGAACCGUUCCUAUCUAAGCCGUGUUGAGGUGGGUUUUUCUUCAAACUCGUCUUCUUCCUCUAUCAAUUCUCCGUGGCAAUUCCGCUUUUUUACUUCAAAACCAGAGUCUAUGCUUCAGUUAGUUCUCGAAAACGAUUGGUCUAAACAAGUAGCGGAAGGACUGAGGAAACCAGACACGCCUCUAACCCACGAGACUGCAAUCUACGUUCUCAGGAAACUAGCUAAGCACCCAGAGAAAGCCUACUCCUUUCUCAACUGGGUCAUCAGAGAAUCAGAUCUCACUCCUACUUCUCCACUCUACAGCACGUUGCUGAGGAUGAUACUAGUUCAGCAAAGACCCAUGAAACGGUUCUGGACGACUCUCGCAGAUAUGGAACAAGGAGGGUUCUGUCUCGACGAGGAAACCUACAAGACAGUCUACACUUUGCUCAACAGAGAGAGCUACAAAGACGCUACGGCACUGGCUCGUUUCCAAGAGCGAUUGCUUGAGGAUAACGCAAUGUCUGUUGUAGCAGACAGUGUUUCUGCUUCCGUUUCGCAAAGAGAUUGGAGUUGCGAGGUUGAGAGGGAGCUUCAGGGUAUGAAACUCCCUCUGUCUGAUAAUUUCGUUAUCAGGGUGUUGAAGGGACUAAAGGAACAUCCUCUCAAAGCUUUCUCGUUUCUCCGUUGGGUCGUCGGCGGUGGUUGUUGUUAUAAUAAACACAGCACCGUUACUUAUAACGCAGCGUUGAGGGUUUUGGCGGGGCCUAGCUCGGUGGCAGAGUUUUGGAGCGUUGUGGCUGAGAUGAAGGAGGCAGGGCACGAGGUUGAUUUCGACACGUACGUAAAAGUAUCAAGACAGUUUCAGAUGUGUAGAAUGAUGAUCGAGGCGGUGAAGCUUUACGAGUUUAUGACGAAUGGUCCGUUCAAGCCAUCCGUCGAAGACUGUGGUCUUUUGCUGAGGUCUUUAUCUGCUGGCUCCAAUCCGGAUUUGGGUUUGGGGUAUCGGGUUUCGAGGAAGUAUGUAUCAAGUGGGAAGCCUCUCUCGAAGGCUGUUUACGAUGGAAUCCACGGGUACUUAACUAGUGUGGGUAGGUUUGGCGAAGCGGAAGAAGUCAUGAAGGGUAUGAGAGAUGCUGGUAAGGACCCGGAUAACGUCACGUACAGCCAGCUCGUGUUUGGUCUUUGUAAAGCUAAGAGAUUAGAGGAAGCGUGUGGUGUGGUCGUGGAUCAGAUGGAAGCAGAUGGAUGUCUCCCCGACGUGAAAACUUGGACUGUUCUGAUCCGAGGGCACUUCGAGAACGGUGAAGCUGACAAGGCCUUUGCGUGUUUUGAGAAUAUGGUGGAGAAAGGGAUCGGUAUCGACUCUGGACUGCUUGAUGUCAUGGUAGGUAUGUUUCUAAGCCAAAACAGGGUCGAGGAGGCGUGCGAAUUCUUAAAAGAGAAGGUGAGAAAUGCUAAUAAUAAUGUCAAGGCUUGGAGAAGUACUUACAAGGGUGUUAUAGACAAGCUGAAUGAAAUCAAGAAGGGUGAAGAGGUGUUAGAUCUUGUGGGGAUGAUGAAGAAGCAAAAUCACACUGCUUAUGCAAAAGAGCGUUUUGAUGAUGGGUACCAUGCGACGAAGUUUGGGACUGGGGAAGAUGCUAAGAUGUUGGAAGUGCGAAGCUCGAAGUAUUACCCUCCUUCCUUUGUUGAUGUUUUUCUUGCUUUUUACGGAGUUCCUGGUCUUAAAGCUCUUAAAACAAUCUUUUUGAGACGGACCCGAAUGAACCCCUACAGACCCGAAUGAACCCCUUGGGUGCCGUUUGAGGAUCGAAAGAUUCUUUUAACAGUUUCUUCCUCGUUUUAUCUCCUCGCUUUCUUCCUGCUGCACUAGCCGCACAUUUAUGGAGAAUAUAGUUUAUUUUAAGUUGAGUUUUCUAGCCUUUGUUGAUGAGAUUGAAGGAUGUUUUGGGUUUUUUUCAUAAAACAGUGGAAUUUUUCAAACUAUUGGAUACCUAUCUUUGUUUUUACUUGUUUGUUUCAAACCAUUCCUGAAAAAUUUAUAAAUUCCUUUUAGAGAAUGAAACGGACUCGAACAUCACUGGACUGUGCUCGGUGAUGUUUUAGGUUAGAUACUCAAACCUCUCCGGAGUGAAAGAUUCUUGAAUAGUUUCCUCUC